CUUCUAGUCAUGUGAUGCAAGAUACUUCCGGGUCAUAUCAUUGAGAGAAGAUGGACACUCCAGUUGUUGUUGGGAUUGUGACGGCUGUUUGGGCCUUUAUAGGCAUUGUUUUGCCCAUUCUAGUCCAAUUCUUUAUGUGGAGAUCACCAAACAAAGGAAUUCUUCAGAUUAUGCUGGUGCUGAGCGCAGUGUGCUGUUAUGUGUUCUGGCUUACAGCUUACAUCUGCCAGCUGAACCCCUUGUUUGGACCCCAGCUGAAGGGCGACCUACUGCAGGUCAUACAACAUGAGUGGAAUUGAUAACCCACAGAGUCUGACAAUGAACAAACUGGCUGUGCAACUGUAUAUAGACAUCUGUAGCUGUAAACCAUGCCUGAAGGAUGUUGCUAUGGCAACACCUUUCAUCCUGGAUGGAAUCAGUGGUUAAGGAUCUGUUAUACUUGUAGCAGAGCAGUCCAAGUAUCUAGGAUGACUUCGACAUUCCACUGACCAAGGACAUGUACUAUGACUCAUGUCUGAUGUCAGUGUAGACAAAUAUUUAUGCUCAUUCUUCACAUAAAAUGGUUGAAUCAAUUGCUUAAUAAUAAUUUGCAUAUGAACAAUUUGUCAUUCCUGUGAAAAGAAUUCUUGUUCCCUUAAAAUAACUAAAGCAGGACUCUAUGCUUCAGAAUAUUAAGGUGGCACCACAUACAGUUUUUACUCUUACCUUUAAUACCCCGUAUGGAAAUCAAUACACUUUCAAAAGCUAUAAUGUCUGUGAUACUCUCUUCUGUAACCAUGUAAGCAAGGAAAUUUAGCAAACCAUGAGGUGUAUCACUUUAUCUAGUCAAACCAACAAAUCCAUUUGGUCAUGUGUUUCUUGAUUUUAUUUAGUUAUCCAAUAACGGUUACUUUGGCAGACCGCCGUGAUAUUGCUGGAAUAUUGCUAAAAGCGCGUAAAACCAAACUCACUCACUCACUUUGGCAGAACUGAUUGUUUGUCUGUGUGCGUUUCCCUGUUUCAGUUGUAUAUAUUUCUAUGGAAUCAUUAGCACAGAGCAUCAUCAAUUUAUUGCCACAAUCUCCAGGAAAUGAAGAAGGUAGAUAUACAAGGAAAUGUAUUUGGUUGUUAUGUCCAUCGUUCAUGUACAUGGGAAAUAAAUGGUUCAAUUCCAAA